UGUAAAUUGUAAUGCAAUGCGACUUAGAGCAUUUUUUGUCGAAGUCUAACCACCAAAAAGCGCAAAAGCAAGUCGCUGCUUCGUUCCGUUGAGAGUCUGUGAUCGUGCCUAAGUGAGAACGCCAAGAUUCUGCGUCGAAUUGUUGGAAAAUGGAGGCCAAUGAGUUCGAACUUUAUCACGAUUCCGUUAUUUGAAGUGUGAUUUCAGCCUAAUUGUGCUAGUACUUUGUGGUUCCAAGUUUUAUAGUUUUGCUGGUUCUUAAAACAGAAGCAGAUUUCGUGCUAGUCAUUAUCUUACACAAAAAGCAGUUCUUGGAUGCUUUUGGUUGAUUGAGUUUGGAUCUUGUUACACACCAUCAGUUUCUACAAACCAAUUGCCGACAAGAUCAUGGAGAUUUCUGGGAAGAAAGCCUAUGCUCUGUCCUGCUAUUUAUUUAGCCUUUAGUAAUCUUUACACUGUGCGAUCAGCUUUAUUCGUAGUGGUAGAAGGGUCUACAAUGUUGGAGUUAUUGAAACCAAUGGAACCACCUAUGAAACGGAGAGCUGGUUUAUUUAUUGUCCAAGCAGGCAGAGGUUCAUAUCGAGGAAGUUAGUAGUUAUUCUGGUUUAAUUGGUUGAUUAUUUGUUUUUAUUGGAAAAGUAUUUAUUUUUAUAACCUACAAUCGAUGGGGACUAGUUUCUUGCGGCCAUUCCUGCACAGCCUUUGCUGCAAUUCACCUUGGAGUUAUGCAGUUUUCUGGAAGCUUGAGCAUCAACAUGAAACGAUUUUGGUAUGGGAAGAUGGCUUCUGGGAUAAUCCCAAGCCAAGGUAUCCCACAGAAAAACGAAUAGAAGGCUUUUACUUGGAAAGAUCCAAUAUGAUCAAUCCCUCUGGUUUUACUUCAAGUAUGCUUGAUGAAACUCCAGGUGACUAUCCCAUUGGAUUGGCAGUAGCUGAAAUGUCAAGAGCUUCUCAUGUAGUCGGAAAGGGGAUUAUUGGCGAAGUGGCAUUAACAGGGAAUGCUCGCUGGAUUUAUUCAGACGCCUUAGCAACCAACAUAUUUGAUUUGGUUCCUGAGUGUCCAAGUGAAUGGUUGCUUCAAUUUGAUGCUGGCAUUAAGACAAUUCUGCUUUUGCCUGUUAUUCCAUAUGGGGUUCUCCAGCUUGGAUCAAAUGAAAUGGUUUUGGAAGAUGAAGCAUUAAUUGCAAAUGUCAAAGAUAAGUUCGAGUCUCUUAACAAACCAGAAGGAGAUGGCUGGAGAUAUCCAAUUCAGCAGUUCCCUUUUGGGUCUACAUUCAUUGACAACUUAGAGGAACCAUCAACUCUUACCUCCGAGAUGAUACUGGAGGGUCAAAGUGCCAUUCAUUCUUCGAGGACAAAGGAUUGCAACUUAAUUGCCAAUCAUAUGAUGCCGAUGUACAUGAUUCAAGAUUUUUGCAAUACAUCCAUGAGGCAGGGGACAGAUACUCUUGGAAAUGCUUCUGGAUGUGAAUAUAGUCAGCACUCAUUGGGUUUGAUUCAUGUAGCCGGAUCAUCGUGUCACCUAUCAUGUGAAGAUUAUACAUCUUUGAUAGCAAAGGAUUGCAAUGUGGAUCCAUAUUCUGACAAUUUUGAAAGGAGGAUAUAUGGGAAUAUCAUGAAUGAAUUGAAGGACAUUCACUUUGAUGAAGGUGUUGUAGAAUCAAUUUCAGUUAUCAAUGACUUUGAUAGUGGUAUUUAUGACAGUGGAAACAACUUUUUGGGCUUUUCUGAGGACUGUGAGCUUCAAAAAGCAGCUGAAGCAGCUGUAAUGGGUAAUCCAUACGAAGGCACCUAUGGAAUGGGCAUCUCAAGUCAUGAUGUAGAUUACUGGUCAAAUGGUAAUGUAGAGCCCCAAUAUACCAUGAGCAUUUCCGGUGGGGAGUCUGUUGGUUUUCACAUGAAAGAACUGGAAGUGGAGCACCUCUUAGAAGCUUUUCUUACGAAUUCGAGCAACAGUUCUGAUAAUCAUUCCUCUAAUAACUCUGAUCUGACUUGUUUUAGCAUGCCCUCAGAGAAACAUUUGACUUCCUCCAAAAGACGUCGCCAAUCAGAAGACAGUGCUUCUUUAGAACACGAUAAACUUCCUAGCAACUUCUCUGCAUCUGGAUUAACUGGCCUUGGAACAAUAUCUGCAUCCAAUCUGUCAUCUUCGGUAUCUUCUUUCAGAAACAAUGUUUGUGAGUUGAACGAAAAACCACCACAUAGAAAAGGAUCCGAUUCUCUUAAAGUGGGGAAGCUAUCAAGGCCAUCAUAUGCUAAUAAGAGACGGUCCCAUGCUGGGAAUAAUCAAAGAUCUAGGCCACGAGAUAGACAACUGAUUCAAGAGCGAAUCAAAGAGCUUAGGGAGCUUGUCCCAAACAGUGAGAAGUGUAGCAUUGACGGGCUUCUUGACAAGACUUUACAGCAUAUGCUUUUCUUAAGAAGCGUAACUGAUCAAGCUGAUAAGUUGAGACAACAAGAAGAUUUUGAAGAGGAAACUGAUCGAAAGACAGAGAGAACAGGUGAAGCCAACUAUAGCCAUCAGAACGGCACGAGCUGGGCUGUAGAAUUAGGAAGUGAUCAAAAGUUGUGCCCCAUAGUUGUGAAAGAUCUUGACCGCCCCGGCCAUAUGCUUAUCGAGAUGCUGUGUAGUGACCACGGUCGCUUUCUGCAAAUCGCUGAUGUGAUUCAUCGUUCGCAAUUGACUAUCCUCAAGGGCGUGAUGGAGAAAUGCAGUCACAACCCAAUGGCCCGCUUUAUUGUUGAGACUUCUGGAAGCUUCCAUCGCCUCGACAUAUUCUGGCCAUUGAUGAAACUCUUGCAAUGAAGCUAGCAACUCCUCCGAUCCCAUCCUGGGUACGUCCGUAUUUUUACAUCCUAUCCGGUGUCGAUAAUCUAGUAUUGUACGUGCUGUUGGUUGUGUUAUUAAAUUGCAUAAAAUUCUAGAACCAAGAAAACUAAACUACUGAUGCUGUUAUUGUGUGGUUUGGGUGUAAUUAAAUCAACAGCUCUAGUUGUAUGAACUUCUAGAAAUUCUUGAUUGAUUUUCUUCUCAAAACCA